UAUCUUCUUUGUAAUUUACUAUAACUUUUAUGUCAAAUGUUAUAAUUUGUUCUAGGAACUUUCUUCUAUAUUGAGCUUGAUAAAUAAUAUAUAGACUAAAACCAGAAAGAAAUAAAACAAAACAAUCCAUGGUUAGGAUAUUAGGAAACAAUAAUUAUUCAUUAGUGGCCUAAUACUAAUUACCUCAGAUAUUUUUUUCUAAAAUUCAUUUUAUAUCCCUCGAAAUUAAUAAAAUGACAAUAUAAAAAGAGAGACCAAAAUGGAGAGAGAAAAGAGACAUUUCGAUGUGAAUAUAGCUAGGUGAAACAAAAGAAGAAGAAGCAGAAUAAAAAUGUUUGACGGUGGAGUACCGGAGCAGAUCCACCGGUUCAUAGCAUCGCCACAGCCACCUCCUCCGCUUCCUCCGCAUCAACCUGCAGCAGAAAGAUCACUGCCUUUUCCUGUCUCAUUCGCUUCUUUUAACACUAAUCACCAAGCCCAUAUGUUGAACCUUGAUGGCCCUAAGAUCACUCACCAUCACCAUCACCAUCACCAUCAUCACCAUGACAUCAAAGAUAGUAGUGCUACUUCUGAGUGGAUGGGUCAUACAGAUCACGAUGGCGAUAAUCAUCGUCACCAUCACCAUCAUCCAUGGUGUAGUGAUGAAGUCCUUGCCCUUCUUAGGUUCAGAUCUACGGUGGAGAAUUGGUUCCCUGAAUUCACAUGGGAGCAUACCUCAAGAAAGUUGGCAGAAGUUGGGUUUAAGAGGAGUCCACAAGAAUGCAAAGAGAAAUUCGAAGAAGAAGAGAGAAGAUAUUUCAAUAGUAACAACAACACUAAUGCUCAUCACAUGAGCAAUUACAACAAGGGAAAUUAUAGGCUAUUUAGUGAGGUUGAUGAGUUUUAUCAUCAUGGUCAUGCUGGUGGUGAGCAUGUCGUCUCAUCAGAAGUUGGGGAUAACCAAAACAAGACGAACAGUUCGUUAGAGGGAAAAGGAAACGUCGAGGAAACGGGACAAGACUUGUUGGAGGACAAAACAGAUCAUCAGGAUCAGGGUCAAGUAGAUGAAUCAUCAAUGAGGGAUAAAAUGAACUCUAUUGAUACUGUUGGAAAAGUGGGGAACGUGGAAGAUGAUGCGAAGUCAUCAUCAUCAGCAAGCUUGAUGAUGAUCAUGAGGGACAAUAAGAAGAGGAAGAGGAAGAAAAAGAAGGAGAGGUUUGGUGUGUUGAAAGGGUUUUGUGAGGGUCUUGUAAGUAACGUGAUAGCCCAACAAGAGGAGAUGCAUAAGAAGCUUCUUGAAGAUAUGGUGAAAAAGGAAGAAGAAAAAAUAGCUAGAGAGGAAGUUUGGAAGAAGCAAGAGAUGGAGAGGCUUAACAAAGAAUUGGAGAUUAGAGCACAAGAACAAGCUAUGGCUAGUGAUAGAAACACCAGCAUCAUCAAGUUCAUAUCCAAGUUUACAGACCAUUAUAACCAUGAUGAUGGGAAUAAUAAGGUUCAAAGUCCAAACCCUUCUCAAGACUCAUUUUCCUUAGUUCUAUCAAAACCCCAAGGCAGCAGAAAGUGUCAAACUUCAUCAUCCCUUCAAACCCUAACUCCACAAAACCCUUCACUUGAACCCACUUCACCCAAAACCCUAAAAAUUAAAACCAAAAAUCCAAAAGCUCCAAAAGGUGAUGAACAGGGUGAUAUUGGCAAGAGAUGGCCUAGGGAUGAGGUAUUGGCUCUUAUCAACAUCAGACGCAGUAUCAGUAGCAUGAAUGAUGAUGAUCAUCGUAAAGAUGACAUCCGGUUAUCGUCACCAUCAUCAUCCACAAAAGCUGUUCCUUUGUGGGAAAGAAUAUCCAAGAAAAUGUUGGAGGUUGGGUACAAAAGAAGUGCCAAGAGAUGCAAAGAGAAAUGGGAAAACAUCAACAAGUAUUUUAGAAAGACAAAAGAUGUUAACAAGAAGAGGCCACUUGACUCAAGGACUUGUCCUUAUUUUCACCAACUUACAGCUUUGUACAGCCAACCCUCCACAGGGACCACCACCACCGUCACAGCCGACACGUCAGUCGAAGAGCUAGAAACCCGACCCAAGGAAAACCGGGUUGGAUCCGGAGAUUCUGAUAUUCCUACAGCCAUGCAUGUAGAUGGUGCCAGCGAAAAAAGCAAUGAACAAUUUUCAGGCUUUGAUCUUGCGUUCUAAUAAACCUCAAAACUAUAUUAUCAGUUUAAUUCCCUUUAUUGCUUUCUUUUUUCUUCCUUCAGAAACUUCAUUUUUGGUUAUCAUGAAAAAUUAAAUAAAUAUUUAUGAACAGUAUCAUUUACUGUUUUGACGCA